UUUGGGUCAUCUGAGUGAUCUGACAGAAAGCAAUCAGGUUGUGCAUCUGUCAGGUAGCAACCUGACACAGAGUGACAAUUCGUUUUCAAACUUUUUAUCUUUUUUUGUUGGAGAGGAGCCACAAGGACAAUGAUGUAGACGAGAUUCGUUUUCAGAGUACCAUCCCAAGAUUUUAACCAACUAAGCUAGUUGAAUUCCACCGUCAUAAAACAGAUUUCCUGUGUAUCUUACACACAUUUGUGCUCACAACUAACAACUAACAAUAAUGGAAGCCAAAGAAGAUGCCUCAGUCUCUCUCCAUCAUACAGACAGCAACGAUGUAGUAACCAAAGAAAUAAACAUCCCAAAUGACUCCUACAACUUGGCAUACACAAUAUACUUCAUAUUAGGAACAGGUUUCCUACUCCCUUGGAACGUCUUCAUCACAGCCGUAGACUACUUCAACUACCUCUACCCUGAUCGCAGUGUUGAUCGAAUCUUUGCCGUUGUUUACCAGUCUGUGUCUCUUCUCUGUCUCCUUCUAAUCAUCUUCGGCUUCCGCAAGUUCCGUGCCUAUGUUCGUAUUAACGUUGGCUUUGGCCUCUACUUGGUGGCCCUCGUUGUGGUGCCUCUCAUGGAUUUGUUCUACAAUAAGGGACGAAGUGGGCUCCACGAUGGGUUUUAUGUGACUGUUGGGGUUGUUGGCCUCUCCGGCGUAGCGAAUGUGCUUGUCCAAGGUGGGGUUAUUGGGUCUGUUGCUGAGUUGCCGAGGCGAUACAUGCAGGCUGUUGUUUCUGGGACUUCUGCAUCAGGUGUCCUUGUUUCGUUCAUGAGAAUAUUUACCAAAGCAGUAUUUCCACAAGACAUCCAUGGAUUAAGAAACAGCGCCAUUCUUUACUUCAUCGUCGCAAUUUUAUUCAUGACCCUUUGUUUUUGCUUAUACAAUGUGGUAAGGCAACUUCCUGUUGUAAAACACCACAACAAGCUUCGAAAUGAGCAGAAGCUCAACCAGGAAGAAUUUUCUUCAUAUACCUCAAUUUGGAAUGUCAUACAGACAAUCAAGUGGUAUGGUUUUGGGAUCACCCUCAUAUAUAUUGUCACUCUAUCGAUUUUUCCAGGCUCGGUUACUGAAGAUGUACAUUCUGCAGUUCUUAAGGAUUGGUACGCGAUUCUGUUAAUCACUUGUUAUAAUGUGUUCGAUUUAAUUGGCAAGUCUUUGACUGCUGUCUAUCUACUAGACAACACCAACAUUGCCCUGGGUGCAUGUUUUGCGAGAUUCUUGUUUUAUCCCCUGUACUUGGGUUGCUUACACGGUCCUCAAAUUUUCCGAACUGAGAUUCCUGUGGCGAGCUUGACAUCAUUGUUGGGGAUUACCACUGGUUACUUUGCGAGUGUACUCAUGAUUUUGGCUCCAAAAACGGUACAACUUCAAUGUUCAGAAACAGCUGGGAUUUUGAUGGUGUUGUUCUUGACUCUUGGUUUGGUUAUUGGUUCAAGUUUAUCUUGGUUUUGGGUUCUUUGA